AUGGUGCAGGGGCCCAUGGGCAACUGUGCCAAGCGCCCCAGGCGCCAUGGGCUUAAGGACCUUGGCCAGUGGCCCUGCUCUCCCUUGGGGGGCUCCUGCCACAGCCCCAACCCCGAGGACCAGAGGGGCCCUGAGCCUGGGGUACAAAGCUACUCGGUGCUCAGCAGCCUGGUGGGGCCCGCCUGCAUCUUCCUGCGGCCCAGCAUCGCCGCCACCCAGCUCGACCGGGAGUUGCGGCCAGAGGAGGUUGAAGAGCUGCAGGUGGCCUUCCAGGAGUUUGACAGAGACCGGGAUGGCUACAUCGGCUACCGGGAGCUGGGCGCCUGCAUGCGGACACUGGGCUACAUGCCCACAGAGAUGGAGCUCAUUGAGAUCUCACAGCAAAUCAGCGGCGGGAAGGUGGACUUUGAGGACUUCGUGGAGCUGAUGGGCCCCAAGCUGCUGGCGGAGACGGCGGACAUGAUCGGCGUUAGGGAGCUGCGGGAUGCCUUCCGGGAGUUCGACACCAACAGGGACGGUCGCAUCAGCGUGGGCGAGCUCCGCGCGGCGCUCAAGGUCUUGCUGGGGGAGCGUCUCAGCCAGCGGGAGGUGGAUGAGAUGCUCCACGACAUGGACCUCAACGGGGACGGCCUGGUCGACUUCGAGGAGUUUGUACGAAUGAUGUCCCGUUGAGUCUGGACAGAAACUGGCGGGAGCACACAGGACUCAAGGACUAUAACUGAUGUCCACCAGGGUGCUUCUUGAAGGUCAAGACCUACAGCUUGGACCCUCCUCUUCUCUCCACCCCCACCGAUGUGCAAUGCUUCUACCUGCCUUCACCCGCUCCCACUCCUCCACCAGGGCCCCCCUACCCCAACUCUGUUUCUCUGAAAUAAAGCAUCUGCAAACCUGGGUAGAUGGCUUUCACAUCUCACUUGCUCACCCCGGAGGCCCCAGGAUUUGAUCCCCAAAAGAUCCAAGUCCUGGGACUGUCCUCUUGGGCCAUGGCCAGUUGCAAUCAAGUCGAUUCCUACUCAUGGUGACCCCAUGGGUGUCAGAGUAGAAGUGUGCUCCAUAGGGUUUUCAGUGGCUGCUUUUUGGAAAUAGAUUCCCAGACCUUUCUCC